ACAAGACAAUAUGUUCAGACUAGUGGUUUUAUCUGUAGCGGUGGCUGUGGCUGCUGCUAACCCUAACGCUGUUUGGGGUGCUGGCUUGGCCACACCUUUGGCUGCUGGUUUGGCUACACCUCUGGCUGCAUCUUGGGCUACACCCUGGGCUGCAGGAGUUGCCGCUCCCUUAGCUGUGGCUACUCCCCUCGGAGCAUCUAACUACAGAGGCCCACUGUCUCUUGCUCCCGGUCAACCCGCCAAUAUCUUGGCAGCAGACGGCAGGCCCUUAGACACCCUCAGCGUAAAUUUGGAUCGUGCGGUUCACCUUACUGCCAAGGCUGUGGAAGGAAGCGGACACUGGCUGAAGAAAAGAUCAAUCGUAUCUGCUCCUCUUGUUGCUGGUCCCUUGGCCGCUGCUCCCGUUGCUUGGGGUCGCUCGUGGGCUGCCCCCGCCCCUAUUGCUGUUGCCGCUGCCCCCAUUGCUCCAUGGGGACUGGGAGUCGGUGCCCGUGUAGGAAUUUGGUGAAGAUGAACAACGCUAGUAUGUGGUUUUCAAAUUACAUGACAAUAAAAAGAGAGUUGCUUUA